CCUUCCAGUGUCCCACGAAGUAUAAAUGAUCUUCCAGGCCGCUGAAUGCUUCAGUCCAUCCCGGGGUUUUAAAAGGCUAUAGCAUCUCUGAAACAACUCCUGCGAGCGCCUUCUCUCCUUUGUCAAAUCUACCCAAGAACCAGACGCCAUGAAGAUGGUUAUCAGCGGACUCGCUCUCAGCCUGCUCGUGGCUGUGGCCAUGGCCUUCCCUGACCCAACACCAGAUGCCACCCCUGAUGCCAAUCCCCAACAAAGAUUCUUCGGAGGUCUUGGAGGUCUUGGAGGUCUUGGAGGUUUUGGCGGAGGAUUUGGUGGUGGAGGAUUUGGUGGUGGAGGAUUUGGCCACGGAUUCGGUGGAGGAUUCCGGCCUGGAUUUGGCGGAUUUGGUGGGGGAUUCCGGCCUGGAUUUGGCGGAGGAUUUGGACAUGGACAUGGGCAUCACCACCACCAUCAUGGUGGAUUUUUCGGCUAAGCCAAUUAGAAAGUUAAACAUGACCAAAAAUGAGUAAUUUAUACCUGAACAUUUAAUGAUACAACCAAAAAACUACCCUUUUGCUUUGUAUAUAUUUUUAUACACCAGAUCAUGUUUGUGAAAAAUGUGAAAUAAACUUUUAGAAUCCC